ACAUUUCCUGGUCUAAAGGUUGAUUCCUCUUCCAAGCCUUUAUGCACUCUUGGUAAAAAGGGGCGUUCCGUCAUGCUGACAAGCUCUCUGACCUCCCUCGGAGCGUGGCUACAUAAUGUGCAAAGGAAAUGAUUAGAAGUUCUAUGACGACUCCUAAAAUCACAUUCCGAUCUUAACAAAAAUACUUUCAUAUUUUUUUUCAUAUAAUUUGCACAACGUAUUGGAUGGAAACUUGACAGAUAAAGGGGGUAUCCUUUCCAAGUUACAGUAUUUGGUUCAUACAGUUAUUAAUAACAUCACAAAAUGAAAAACAAUAUGACAUUAGUUUUCUACAUCUACCCACUGACCAUUCCCCAAGUGUCUGUGAAAAAGGUAAUUCCUUUGGUUGAUACUAAAGGGUACAGAGAGACUUCUCUCCUGCUUAAAUUUACGAUGGGGUGUGGUGUCAACCCCCCCCCCCCACCCCUUUUGCAGUUGGGAGAGGGUCUGGUUAUUGUCAGCCAUUGCCAAGCUGAUCUGACCUAUUGUGAUCCUCACAGGACAGUCAUGUACUGCAGACAGGGCUCUAAUUUAACGUUUUUCCUUGGUAGCACUGGUGCGCCAAACUUUAAAGUUUGGAGCACCAGAAAAUACAAUCUUUUUUAAAUGAUUGAGAUACAGCCUAUAUGUAUUUUACUUACUUUUGAACCACAUGUUGUGCCCUAGAAACUAAUAUGUAACACUGUAAAGUAAUUUGUUUAUUAUAAAAGCUAAAAUGUUGAUACGAAUACCUGUCAUUGGAAUUAAAGUAAUUUGGGGAAUAUUAGUUUUCUAAAUUGUGUAAAAGCACUAUUUUCCAAUUGAAAUGCAUUACAUUUUAAAAUUAUACACUAUCUUUAAGAACGUCAGGUUUGUGAUGACAUGCAGGAGAUUCAUUCAUUUAUUGCUCUCCUGAAAAAGUUCUCUUUCCCUUUCUGUGCCCCCAGAUGUUUGGAUAUACUGGUGAAGUUACCAGGGUGUUAGCUACCUACCAAUGAGGUUUCACUCUGGUCGUAAGUCCUCUAGUUUCUCUGAUGGAGGAUCAGCUCAUGUACUUAAAGUCCAUUGACGUUGAAGCCGUGUCUCUCAACGCAUCCAGCAGUAAGGAACAUGCUAAAAUGGUCCUAGCGGGGAUGACGGACACCAAAUCACUUUUCAAGCUGCUGUAUGUGACUCCAGAGAAGAUAGCGAAGAGCAAGCUGCUGAUGUCGAGGCUGGAGAAGGCCUACAACGCAGGAAGGCUUAGCCGUAUUGCUGUGGACGAGGUGCACUGCUGCAGCCAGUGGGGACACGACUUCAGACCUGACUACAAGCUCCUGGGGAUCCUGAAGAGGCAAUUCCCAAAGGUUCCGUUGCUAGGGCUGACGGCCACAGCAACCAGCAGUGUUCUAAAGGACUGUCAGAAGAUACUGUGUGUCCCUGAGCCAAUCACACUCACCGCCUCCUUCAACCGCACCAACCUCUACUACGAGGUACUUCUUAAAGACUCGAACAGUGAUGAUUCAAUCAGUGACAUCUCAGCACUGAUCAAGGAGAGAUAUAAGGACCAGUCAGGGAUAGUGUACGUGUUUUCCCAGAAGGAUGCAGAGACGGUGUCAGCAGACCUACAGAAGAAAGGCAUCAAUGCAUAUCCAUACCACGCUAACAUGAAUCCAGAGGACAAGUCACGGGUUCACCGCAAAUGGGCCAUCAACAAGAUCCAGGUGGUGGUAGCUACAGUGGCGUUCGGGAUGGGGAUCGACAAGCCUGACGUCAGAUUUGUCAUCCAUCACACCAUCAGCAAGUCCAUAGAGAACUACUAUCAGGAGAGCGGACGAGCAGGCAGAGACGAUAAACCGGCUGACUGCAUUGUGUACUUUGGCUUCAACGACAUCUUCAGGAUCAGCACCAUGGUUGUCAUGGAGAAUGUAGGACAACAGAAGCUGCUGACUAUGGUCGACUACUGUCAGAACGUAGACGGGUGUCGGCGCUCAGUGAUCGCUAUUCACUUUGAUGAGGUUUGGGACAAUGAAGGAUGCAACAAGAUGUGUGAUGUCUGUCGCCGUGGCAAUGACUACAUCACGGUGGACAUCACGCAGCAUGCUAAAGAUGUGGUCCAGAUUGUGGAGCUGGCAGGCUCUCUGGACGAGAAGCUGACCCCCCUGAAGGUGACAGAGGCGUGGAUGGGGAAGGGUCCGGCCAAACGCAGGAAGAUGAUCCAGACCACCACCCUGUCUCGCCUGGAGGUGGAGGCCAUCAUCAUAAGCCUAUUGCUGCAGGGAUAUCUCCGUGAAGACUUCAGUUUCACUCCGUACACCACCUACUUCUACCUGAAGCUGGGUCGUAAGGCCCCAAUGCUGAAGAACCAGAGUCACUCCGUCACCAUGAAGACGAGGAGGACAGGCCUGGAAGCAAACACGGAGGACCAAUUAGCUGGUGGAGCUAAAGAGGUGGUGGUGACCUCCCAGUCCCCUCCUCCCGUUGCCCCCAACGACAGCAGCACUCCCUCUCCCAGUCACAACAAACUGAUCAAGAUGCAUAAAGAGCAGCAGAAUCUGGCCAGGAAACAAGACGAGGACCAUGACCAGACAGAAAGCCAGACACGGGAGGACCAGAAUGACCCUGCUGCUGUCCAGCCCACUGCCAUUGAAGUAGACGUAGAGUUCAAUAUUAUAGAGAAAGUUAUUGACAGCGAAUCCCCAUUUACGCCAUUAAAACUCAAUUCUAAACCUAAAUCAACAACCCCUCAAAAGAAGCGGAGGAAACCCUGUACUGCUGCUCUUUCUGCAGUCCUAGCUCCCUCAGAAGCUGCGGUUACAGACUCUGAACACCAGAGGCCAGCAUUGGUCAACUCUCCCUCCCAGGUCUCCAUCAUCUCCGAGGCUGCAGUGGAGGAGCUUUGUGACCUGAGGAACUACUACAGCAAACAGCUGAGGCAGAUAAACAACAUUUCCCAUGAGUACUUGCAGAAUCAGGGGUGCUCAGACCCAGGGGUGCUGGCCUGUAUCAGAGAGCCACUAAAGAGCCUGUGCCUCCCCCGUGGCUCAACCAUCGCCCGGACGGCACGCAACCUGUGGAACAGAGUCAGCUCCAGAAGGAAACUCAUGCAAAGAUGACCAUUGACCUUCCCUGGGACAGUUGAUGUUCAGAUGUGGACACUCCUGUAUCUCUCUUUUUCAGGUCUCACGCUGCCAGACCUAGAGCCCUGGGGCAGACAAGUCUACUUUUUUUGUAACAUCUGUUCUAUUUUUCUGGAAUGGCUUUGACUGAGAGAAUAUCCCCAUCCAAGUUAGUUUGAGAUUGUAAUAUUUUACUGUUGGAUCAAUACCACUUGUUAGCCUAAGAUAAAGAAUGAAGAGCUGGUUUUGUUUUGGAUAAACUACCACACAUGAACUGAAAGGUUUGCUGAACUGAAGAAUGUUUUCACAAUGUAUUAUUUGUAACCUUUUUUAAAAAAAAAUUGUUUAAUAUUCGAGCAUUCCCUAAUCUAACAGCCACAAUGUGCACACUAGUGAAUUUGAUUCGCUGUAAUACGUUUUAUAAUACUGCACUGCAGCUUUGAGAAGGUCCAUUCACAUUUGUGGAACACAGUAUAAUCUUUAGCUAUCAUUAAUAAACAUUGAUUUAAAAUUGAAA